AUGGCGAUGCGGUUUCUGCUGAUAGCUUCCUCUUUGCUGGCCAUCGCCGCCGCCGGCAACUUCGACCAGGAGUUCGACAUCAUCUGGGGCGACGGCCGCGCCAAGGUCCUCGAGAGCGGCCAGCUCCUCACCCUCACCCUCGACAAGGCCUCGGGCUCGGGAUUCCAGUCGAAGAAGGAGUACCUCUUCGGCAAGAUCGACAUGCAGAUCAAGCUCGUUCCGGGGAACUCCGCCGGCACCGUCACUGCCUACUAUUUGUCCUCGCAAGGGCCGACGCAUGACGAGAUCGACUUCGAGUUCCUCGGAAAUGUCAGCGGAGAUCCCUACACCCUCCACACCAACGUGUUCGCCCAAGGGAAGGGGAACAGGGAGAUGCAGUUCAAGCUCUGGUUUGAUCCCACCGCGGACUUCCACACCUACACCAUCCUCUGGAACCCUAGCCAUAUCAUCUUCAUGGUUGACCGCAUCCCGAUCAGAGACUUCAAGAACCUGGAAUCGAGGGGCGUCGCGUUCCCCAAGAACCAGCCCAUGAGGAUCUACUCCAGCCUCUGGAACGCGGAUGACUGGGCUACCAGAGGCGGCCUGGUCAAGACCGACUGGUCGCAGGCACCGUUCACGGCCUCAUAUAGAAGCUUCAGGGCCGACACUGUCCCCAGCAGCAGCGGGUGGUGGAGCCAAGAGCUGGACACCACAGGCCAAGAGAAGAUGAAUUGGGUGCAGAAGAACUACAUGAUCUACAACUACUGCAGCGACCUCAAGAGGUUCCCACAGGGCCUGCCUACAGAGUGCUCCUUUGCCUGAUAGAAAAGAGAGAGAACAAAUCUUGUUAUUCUUUGAUUCAUUUAUUUCAUAUGUUGGCUGCUGAAAGUAUUCUGCUUGAUACUACAAAUUCAGAAGAAAACUACUACCUUACAUGUUCCAGCACAGCUGCUAUUAUUAUUAUUAUUAUUUUUUCA